GGUGUCCUGCCUUCCCGACAGCCAGCGUCCGCGUCGUCCAGUCCUACGACUUCGGCUCCCUGGACUCAAGUCCUUGAGGCAAAAAGUGACUCUUGCACUUGGUGGCAGUCUCUUUUCGGUGACCACCAUCCAACAUCCAUUUGCUACCCGCCGCCAUUAUGAACAUCCGCAAUGCUCGGCCAGACGACCUGAUUAACAUGCAACACUGCAACCUUCUUUGCCUUCCCGAGAACUACCAGAUGAAAUACUAUUUCUACCAUGGCCUUUCCUGGCCCCAGCUUUCUUACAUUGCUGAGGAUGAGGACGGGAAGAUUGUGGGCUAUGUCCUGGCCAAAAUGGAGGAGGACCCAGAUGAUGUCCCCCAUGGACAUAUCACCUCACUGGCUGUGAAGCGAUCGCACCGGCGCCUCGGCCUGGCCCAGAAGCUGAUGGACCAGGCCUCCCGGGCCAUGAUCGAGAACUUUAGCGCCAAGUACGUAUCCCUGCACGUCAGGAAGAGUAACCGAGCAGCCUUGCACCUCUAUUCUAACACCCUCAACUUCCAGGUUAGUGAGGUGGAACCCAAAUACUAUGCAGAUGGGGAAGAUGCUUAUGCUAUGAAGAGGGAUCUCUCGCACAUGGCCAAUGAGCUGAGAAGGCAGCCAGAGCUGAAGGAGAAGGGCAGGUACGUGGUACUGGGCUCCAAGGAAAACCAGGAAACCCUGGGAAGCACACUUCCUAGUUCUGAAGAGGAUGGUGAGGAGAAGAUCCCGGCCGCUGAUGAUAGUAGCAAUGACCACAAGGAACCCAGCAAGUCCAUGGAGAGCACCCAUGCCCAGAACAGCUCAGAAGAUACAGAGUCUACCUCCUAGAACCUGCUUAAGCAUUGCAGUUCCUCGUGUCUCAGCCACGCCUGCCCUCUGAGCCCUGGCUCAGCCUAUAUGCUCUGCAGCACCUUUUCUGGGGUCAUCUCACAGUGACCCCAGUGGCUUCUCACUCUCAACAACCUUCCACAUAUCCCACUGGGAUUAUAAAGGAACACCUGGAAACCAGAGCCUCCUGCACAAGAGCCAAGAAAGUUUGAGGCCUCCCAUCACAGAACCUUCUUUGGCCUCCUCACACCAUGCCGCCGUUUUACUCUGUUGUAGUCCUGUGCUGGGUGUGGUUGUCUAGCAAGGUUGCCUCUUCCUGGAAUGCUAAACAGGAAGCCCCUCUGCUUUCAGUUUUUGCCAUUAUUUAUCUGGGUUCUCAUCCUUGAGGGGGCUGUCAGAACCAUCAAGUCAGACCUCGUGCCCCUUUCCUCUUCUUUCUUCCUCUUUGCUGGAAGAAGUAUUCUGUUUUCUCUUCUUUUCUCUGGGAACUCGUCCUCUGUCACACCCUUCCCUUUCUUGAGGAGGUAUUCUCCUUUCCAGUGGGAGAAAGUCAUGAGCAAGGGCCUCUACAAUGUAAUCAGAACUUGGAGAUAUUAAGAAAAGGACAACCAGUAAUUAAAUUGUAAUAUCUGA